CUCAGUCAGUCCGAUUUCGAACUUUUUACGCGACGGCAAUAAUUGCUAGAAAAGUGAAAACUUUUGGCUGAAAGAAAAUCUUUUGCCUUCGGUACGUUAGUAGUGCUAUCAGUAUUCGAUUAUUUGUAGCAAAAAGUGUCCGUUAGGCUUACCAGGAGCCUGCCGGAAGUGGGCUGCUCCUUAAAAAACAGAAUGGCUCCGGAGUGGCCAAUGUGAAAGUUUUUUUUUCUUAUCCACUAUCUUGCUCUUGAAAGAAAAAUAUAAGUUCCUUUUCAUCUUAUCGAAGGAAAAGAGAGGGCAGUGUGAGGAAGAACAAAAUCAGUGUCGUGGCCCUGAAGAUACAGAAAUAAUUGAAGCAAACCACGGCAGGAGAGUCGAUUCUUCCGGAAGGUUUUCUCAAGGAUACGAAAGUUAGUAGCUUGCAGAAUGUCGGUGGUUCGCACUAAAGUCCUUGGGCUGGUCGACGUCAUAAUGCGCGUCCCCAGCCUGUUUAUCAUCGACGAAAUUCUCAAAAUUAGUAUGGGAUUGCCGAACUCUUCACCUAUGGCAGGAUCCAGCACUGCAAUGAACCCUGCGGUUAGCUCGGCCACAGUCGAGUUGGUAUCGGAACCCGAAUCGCUGGUCAAUGCGACGUUAAAUGCCACCAUGAAUGCAGCGACCGCUGCUGCAGCUGAUUUCCUGGGGGCUGCUGCCGGAAUGAGCUCAGACGAGUCCCUUCGGGAUGAUAUAGAAUUCUACAAGUUUAUCUCGUUAACGUCACUCAAAUUUCUACUGUGUCUAUUCGGAUGCAUCAGCGCGGCGUGCGUCUUCAUGCUGUGGACAAGGCACCUAGUCAUAGUGUACAUGUACAUCGUCUCUGUUGGCCUCAUUUUCCUGUCCUACUGGAGCAACGUGUCGGCCCUGUCGGUCAUAUCGGACGGUCCCAGUUUACUGGAGGACAUUCUAUCCCUCAACAUGGAACGACUGUUGGAUCCCGGGGGCGUCGCACUUUCCAUACUACCCCAUCUGCUGGCCCAGUGGCUGAUGGGGGUUAUUUUUGCGUACAUCCACUUGGGACCAAAAUACAAGCUGAUCCAGAAAGCGCUACCAUUCAGCUUCCUGAUGCCACUUUUCCUGGCAAUGCUGCCGCUGCCAACGGUAGUGCUUAAACAUUCCCCAGCGUUCGCCGCCAUCAUGCCGUUGGUUCUAUCCAAAAUUGCCCUGUGGAGCUCAUCGUUCGAUGUGGUCAAGACUAUUCUAAAUGGCUACCAGCAUGCACGUAAUUUUGCUAGUAAUUUUGGCAUCUCGGCACUCAUAGAAAACGAGUGGCAACGGCUAAAUGUACCCUGUGUGUUGAGGGCAUUCUGGACUAUCCGUUUGACCGAACAGCUGAUAAGUCUACUGCUAAACUCGGAUGUUCCCCUAAGGUUUGCUGUCACUGUCCAAAGUUUGCUCGUGAGUGGGUGUGAGACACUGACAGCUGUUUUAGGAAUGACCAGUAUCAUUUCCCUCAUCUGUCACUACAUCGGAAAGGCGUUCCAGUUGUUUCUACUAUCGGAGGAUUACGAUGAAGACAAAUCUAUAGGAACCGUGUCGGCAAUUCUUUUCUAUAUAUUAGCACUACAGACUGGACUUACUUCGCUGACCCCAGAUAAAAGAUUCAUUCGAUUGUGCCGGAAUCUGUGUCUAUUGAUCACGGCGUUGUUACAUUUCCUGCACAACAUCGUUGCUCCAAUCCUGAUGUCGCUCAGUGCUGCAAGGAAUCCAUCGAGGAAACGCCAUGCCCGAGCUUUGAUGGUGUGUGCAUUCUUGCUGAUGACUCCAAUCGGACUGCUGAGUAUCCUAUGGACUCGCCAUUCUCCGUCGACUUGGUUGCUAGCAGUAACGGCGUUCUCAGUGGAAGUAAUCGUUAAGGUAUUAGUCAGCUUGGCGACGUACACGUUAUUCCUAUUGGAUGCUAGAAGGCAGACUUUCUGGGAAAAAUUGGACGACUACGUGUACUACAUACGAGCGUUUGGAAAUUCGGUAGAGUUCUGCUUUGGAAUAUUCCUGUUCUUCAACGGAGCAUGGAUUCUAAUUUUCGAAUCAGCUACCAUUCCUGUAGGCGGAGCAAUUCGAGCACUGAUGAUGUGCAUCCACGCGUACUUCAACAUCUGGUGUGAGGCACGUGCAGGCUGGGGUGUAUUUAUGAAGCGGCGCACGGCGGUGCACAAAAUAAGCUCGCUACCGGAGGCGACACCGCUGCAGUUGCGCUCCUUCGAUGAUGUCUGUGCGAUAUGCUAUCAGGAAAUGACAUCAGCAAAAAUUACCCGUUGCAAGCAUUAUUUCCACGGCGUAUGCUUGAGAAAAUGGCUAUACGUUCAGGAUCGUUGUCCCCUGUGUCACGAAAUUAUCAUGAAUCAAGACGGCAAGAACGGCGAUUGCAACGGCGAACAGACUAAUGAAGACGAAACUGGCCAGAAUGCCAAUCAAAUGUCCAAUUCCAAUUCCGCACCGGGAUCGCUGGGAUCGGAAAGUAGCACACUUCACGCACAAACUGACACUUCAGCGAGCGCCACUACAUCAUCUCCAUCCUUAGCUAGCUCCCCGAGCAGUAAUGCCGUUUCUGCCAACAGCAGCAACAGCACCAGCACUAGUAGCUACAGUAGCAGUAAUAGUAGUAAUAGCACCAGCCGGAACCAUACGCUAACGGUUAGUGGCUUCCGCAUCCCGAGUCCCUCAUCGGUGGCCGGCUCUUCGUCAUCGUCGUCGGAGGUUUCAACGCCUGUUCCUUCUUCGGUGAGUGCGACCUCAUCCGAAACAGCUGCAGCAACUGCCGUAGCGAUAUCGCAAAUCAUCCGACAGCACCAGCUACAGCAGCAACAGCAGCUCCAUCCACGAUCGUCUGUUGAUCGUGAUUUUCUAGACGAACUGGAGUAAAAACAGGAAUCCAGCAAGGUACUAGAUGUAUUUCCUGUAUUUUCUUACCAUUUUGUGAGAGAUUGGAAUUAAUCGGAAUUCUGUCCUAUGUGUACAUUUGUUUUGUGUUGCCUUUGGUGGGGCAUUGAGAAUUGCAAUUUCAAUGCCUCCCUUGUGAAGUAGGAGUUAUUUUAGCCAAAUUGCGGGGUCUACAUUAUAUAGUCAGCUUGAAAAGGGAAUACAACCAGUCGUUCAAGUGGAGAAGAGAAAGAUUGAAAUUGUUUAAUUUGGUUACGUACCGGAUGGCGAGACAGUAUGUCUAUCAGAUGUGGAAGCACCACCUGCUAGCAAGAGAGAUUACAGGUUGCGCGAGGUAAAAUACUUAAAGACCGUGGGUGGAUGGAAGGGUUUAUUUUCUCGUUGCGUGAAAGGAUGGUAGCCUCAUCAUCUUGCGCAAUCCUCUCGGUUUGACAAAGUUAGUUCCUUUCGAUUUCGUCUCCAAGUUAUUUCAAAAGAACAUUUUAGGCAUGCACAACCAAUCGCAUUGCCGGAGUAGCUCAAUCAAAUGUUAUUUUGAGAUCAACAUUUAUCGGGAUCACAAGAAAACUAUUGAGGUAGUUGUUAAACACGGUUGUUGCGAUAUUUUUGCUGUUUUUUUUUUCUUCAGGAAAUCAAAUUAUAUCAGAAGUAUGUUAACUCCCAAUAACCAAAUAUAAACAAUAACUCAAAAUUACGAACCUUGUAUCUGAUGCUUAGAAUCGAAAACAUGUAAGCAUGUUUAUUGAAAAUGUAAUUUUAAUGCAUUGUAGAAUUUCAAAAUUUCGCAAUCUAUUUUCGCACAAUUUUUGAAUAUCACUGAGUGACUUAAGUACAAUUCAAUAAACAGGAUAUUUUUGCAUUUUAGACAUACCUGUUGACAAAUUUAUUUCAACCACUCUAUAGACUUCCCAAAUUCAACCCCGACCCUUAUAUAAUCAAAACAAUUUCUUCUUUUCCAUUUGAACGGCGAAGAGAAAGAUACGCAAGUGAUAUUUUACAUCAGUCUAUUUAUAUGUUGUUCUUUUAUUGUUUAAGAAGCGAAACCGCAAUGUGACUAAUAGAGCAAACAAAACUGUGGGUGGGUUAGCAUUAAUGGAAACGUGUAAGCAUAACAUAGCAGCAAAAUAAAACAAAAAACUAUCUCAACGAACGGGGAAAAGAAUGCGAUCAGUCAUCAGCAUCAUCAAGGCCAUUACAUUCUUUUCUUUGCUUUGUGAACCGUAUAACAUGUUAGAUACAAUCUGUGAAGAAGUCAUUUACGUGUAAAUAUGAAACUAUGAGUAAA